AGUUGGGCGCGGGAGCGCGGUGCUUGGUGCGCGCCACCUCCCCUCGGCCCUGCUUGCUGGCCUUCCCCACCUAAGUCCUUGGGCGGUUCAGCUGGCCCCACCCCUUCUUCCUCUCCUGGCCCGGAGGCCUGGUGCGCGGGACAGCGCAACGUUCGCGGCCUGGCUAUUGGGGCAAGCGGUUUUGGCGCUCUCGAGGGUGGCACGCCAGGCGCGGGGCGCGAGGCCAAAGCUUGCUCGGCAGGGUGCGUGGGGAGGGUCCGACGGAGCCCCUAGAGGAGAGCAGGGACAGGCAGGGGGUUGCCGAGGCAAGUGAGACACUGGAGCUGAGAGAGCAUCAUGGCUGUGUUUCUGGAAGCUAAGAAUGCCCAUGCAGUCCUGAAACGGUUCCCUCGGGCCAAUGAGUUCCUGGAGGAGCUACGUCAGGGCACCAUCGAGCGGGAGUGCAUGGAAGAGAUCUGCAGCUAUGAAGAGGUCAAGGAAGUAUUUGAGAACAAAGAAAAAACGAUGGAGUUUUGGAAGGGAUACCCAAAUGCAGUCUACUCAGUCCGAGAUCCCUCACAGAGCUCAGAUGCCAUGUAUGUGGUGGUGCCCCUUCUGGGGGUAGUCUUGCUGAUUGUCAUUGCCUUGUUCAUCAUCUGGAGGUGCCAGCUGCAGAAAGCAACUCGUCACCACCCCUCCUAUGCUCAGAACCGGUACCUAGCCAGUCGCACCGGGCACAACCUCCCCCGAGUCAUGGUAUACAGGGGCACUGUGCAUAGUCAGGGAGAGUCCUCUGUGCACCGAGAGGCAGGGAAUAACCCACAGAUAGUUCUGGGGCCCAGCCGGGGAGGCAGAACCACUGUCCGGCUGGAGAGCACCCUCUACCUCCCAGAGCUGUCUCUCUCCAGACUGUCCAGUGCUACCCCUCCUCCUUCCUAUGAGGAGGUGACUGCACCCCAGGAGGGCAGCAGUGAGGAGGCCAGUGUCUCUUACAGUGACCCUCCCCCAAAGUAUGAAGAAAUUGUGGCAGCCAGCCCCAGUGCAGACAAGUAGCUGAGCACAGGCCCUGGCCUGUAUAAAAGCCUCUUCCAGAGGUAGCCUGCUUCCUUUUGGACUUCUGAAAGACUGUGCCACCACAGAACAGCCUUAGUCUCCUUGUUGCCAAAUAAUUCCCCAACAGUGGAUUUGUAGGAAGUCAGUUAGUAGAGACAGUUGGUGUGUCUGUGUGUGUCGGGGGAGGGGGUAGGGGCAUAGAACAAGUACAUGAUACCCCAGGGAAAAGCUACAGACCUGAAAGCCUGGGUCUUCCAGACCCCUACCCCACCCCCAACUAUGCCAAGUCCCCACUGUCCUGCCCUCUCUUUAGGGACUGGCUUCUCUUAUGCCAAAGGAACCAUCUCAUGGUGUUGAUUGUGGCCAGAAUGUCCACAGGCUCAUCCCUGAGGCUAUGGGGAUGUCUGGGAACCCCUGUGUUUCUGGAGACCUAGGUCACAGAGAUGAGGUGGUCAAGCUAGCCCUGCAGUUUCCCCUUUCUCAACAGUUCCAUGCUUACUUUUCUCACACAUAUUAUGAGGACAGAAAUAAGGGUUGAACUAGGAACAAAACACAAGUAAUAGAUAAUGAACCAUAGAUGAAAACAAUAGCCCUUUGAAGCCCUCCAGAAGAAAUCAAUUAAAUAGACCUUGGCACAGCCUUCAUCCAACACCCAUCCCUAUGCUCCUGACCAGAAAGAAAUCUAUGUGUAGAUCAGGCUGGUAGGAGGACAGGGCAUGAGAAGGACAAGGAAAGAGGGCUGGAUGGCAGAGCUCCUUCUUCCAGACCAAUCAAGGGGCCCACUUGAACUCUGCCAUCUUGUUUCUGAUGUGAACCAGCUGUACUAAAAAUAAGCCCACACUGGCAUAAGCUCAUAUGUAACCUUAGAGUACUCUGUAUGUGGAAAACUGAUGUCCCCUUCCCCCAUGGAGCCCAGGGCCUCUCCCUGGUUGUUACAAACUGGCACAGAAAGCUCAAGAUUCCACUUUUGUGGGGUUGAUAAAUCCAUAGGAUAGUUAAAACCAUGAGCUCCACCUCCUUGCCACUGUGCUGUCUGGCUUUGAAGUUUUAGGAUACUUCCUUUUUUUGUAAAUAGGUGCAUUGAACUUGAACUUAAGAUUGUGAUUCUCCUAAUGAUGGUGCCCAUACAGGGAGAAGUUCCUGAAGUGUCUCUUAAAAAUUUUCUUAGUAGGAAAGCCCGUGACCUGGGGUCUAAAGCCCACCUGGGGUUUGCUCUGCCACAGCCAGGUGCUGAUAUGUUUUCAAUGAGGCUUUGGAAGAUGUUGGGCAGAGGUGACUUGCUCUUUAACUGUCAAUGAUGAAGUAAAAGGCACUGUUGAUACCAUCUCUACCCGCUCCAGUCUAUUCUCCUGGUCUCUGUGCCAAAUCAUUUUUCCUCUGUGGUGCUUUAAAAAAUGUAGCACAUUUUUGUGGGGCCCAAAAAGAAUGCAUAGUGUGGGUCUGUUGGCAACUGCAAUGGUUUCCAAUCCACAAUGUUGAAAAGGUUCCUUCUGUCUAAGCAGCUCUCCAAGGCAGACACUAAGACACAUUCCUUGAAUGCAGCCCUACCUUGAGGCCCCAGAUGACUUCUAGAGGCUGUUCCAGUGAAGGGGACAUUCCCGGGGGUGUGUUUCUAGUCAAGGUUAUGUUCUUACCCCAGUGAGGCUGCCAGCUUGUAAUAACUCCACCCUGUGGUUCCCCUACCUCGCAGGCCCAUUGGAGGCUGAUAGAGCUAAUGCUGGUGAAGUGCUUGAAGCACCUUGGAACCAGUGAAGUUUGCCCUUAGCAGGAUUCUUUUAGAAAUAGGCAUUAGCUGUGAGGGACUGGUUUUAGUUGAGGGCUUCAAAUGCCUCUGAUGUUGUCAGUCUGAGGAGUCAGUCUCUUUCCAUUUGAUCCUAUGUGGGCCUUCCUCUCUCCCCAGUUUCCUGACACCAGAAAUGCUGACUAGAUGGCAUUCCUCCCUCUAUCCCUCCAUUUUGAACUUCUUCCCACCCUCCCUCCCUUGCUGAUUUCUUUCCUUCAUGCCUUUCCUCUUCCCUUUUCUUUCUUUCCAUUUUUUUUAUUCUUUCUCUCCAUUGGUCUUCUAGUAUUGCGCUCUGGCCCGUCCUAAUGAAGGGAUUUGGGGCUCUGAAGCUCCCUGCUUUUUCCAUGAUGGAGAUUGAGAUCAAUCUCAUUCAGACAUGACAGAGAUCCUGGGGAAGCUGGAAGCUCUGGGUCAGCCCAACCUCUCCAAGCAUUUUAAUAAUUUUUAAUAACUGGUGCCUGAUUGUGACCUGGGAUAUAUGAAAAAAGACUUACCCCAAUGUGACUCCUCCCAGCUAGUCAGGCAUAGGCUCCACUGACCAGAGCCACAGAGAGUAUGCCAAGGAAUGCCCACUGCCUUUGGCAUGUGUUGAGAUUUUUCUGUUGAGCUGCCUGGCAGCUAGAGGCUAGGGAUACAUGGGUAAGAGCAGGAAACCUACUCCCAAGGCCUGUUGAGAGUGAUAUAUAGCCCCAGGAGCUGAGGACCGGAUGCAGGGUGAAUGAGAAGCAGCUCCUUGCAUGUGGCCUGUGGACUCUGGGUCAGGUGCUUCACAGAGCUCUUCCAGGUGACUUGUGCCAAGGCCUCUGCAAUGGUUUUUCAUAGCAUAGUGUUUAGUAUAUAUAAUGGGCAUAAUUCCUCAAGGUGCACACUUGGCUUUAUGAAUGCCCUGUACAUAUCUUUUCAAACUCUGUCUUUCUAUAGACAUUGAUUUGAUACAAUGCUAACAAUUCAGUAGCCACAUCUGUAUUUGUUUGAGACUUGUGUGUGUGUGUGUGCGUGUGUAUACAUGUAGGCAUGUUGUCUUUUCUCAUUGCUUCUAUGAAAUGUUAGCUGGUGUGUAGUUUUAUUUGUCCCAGGAGGGAUCUGCUCUGAAGGGAAAACUGUCAUCAUCUUGUGGGGCCCGCACUCUAUGGGACCCCCUCCCACUCACAUGCCUAUUCUGUAGGUGUCAGCAGCUGAAGGAAAUCUGAGAACUCCUGAGUGUGUGUGUGUGUGUGUGUGUGUGUGUGUGUUAGGGGUGGGAAGGAGAG